UUCUCUCUCUCUCUCUUUGGGAGCAGCAGCCAUGGCGAGCAGUGACGCCGUUCUCCGAUCUUCUCUGGUUUGCAUGGGCGCGAUAGUCUUAUUAAUCGGCAUCUACACUUAUUCAUUCGAGAAGAUGAUCGUCACUUACCUCUUUGGCCUCUUUGCCAUUGCUGGUGUGCUUCUUCCCGAUUGGGAUUUCUUCGACCGCGAUUUCUCUCGAUGGUCUACCCCUUUUCCUGGCAAUAACAACACCCUCACUACUAUUUCUCCUCUGACCUUCUCUAGGUUCAAGAUCUACCCCUUGAGACUGAUUGUAUACACCAGUCUCUAUGUUUAUGGUCUGUAUAAGUGGUGGAUGUUUGUAUCCAACUAAGUGGGCUACUUUCGUCUGUUCUUCCAAGAAUCCCAGUGCAAUACAUGUUGGGAUUAAGACA